UGAUCGGCAACGUGCGCGACCAGUCUGGCUGCGGCUGCUGCUUCGCCUUCGCGGUCGCCGGCGCCGCGGCCGAUCGCCUCUGCAUCGCCACGGGGGGGAAUGUGGCCGUCUCGCUGUCCGAGGAGGAGCUCUGCUUCUGCACGAUGAGGAGCCAUGGCUGCGGCGGGGGGUACAUGGACGAGGCCUGGCGGUUCGUCCAGCUGCACGGGCUCGUCACCGGGAGCCCGCACGUGCGGAACAGCUCUGGCGACGGCAUGUCGGGCUUCUGCAAGGCCUACUCCUUGCCGCCCUGCUACCACCACACGCCCUCCUCGAAGCGUACCGACGGCUCUCUGCUCUCGUGCCCCCUUGUGGACGAGAAGGACAGCCCCUUGUGCCCGCUCAAGUGCGACGCCGGCGCGCAGGCCCCCUACAACGACUUUGUGCGCCACCGGUGCCACGGGUGUCGGCGGAUUUUGAAUUUCCCGACCGGUUGGGGGGCCGAGGAGAUCGCCCGGCACAUGAUGGCCUAUGGCCCUUUGCAGACAUCCAUGGCGGUGUUCCCCGACUUCGAGCUAUACGUCUCUGGGAUCUACCAUCACAUCCAGUCCAGGGAGAUGGUCGGCUGGCACGCCGUGAAGAUGGUCGGCUGGGGCGCAGAGAACGGCGCCGACUACUGGCGGGUGCAGAACAGCUGGAACACGCACUGGGGCGAGGACGGGUACUUCCGCAUCAAGCGGGGCGUCGACGAGUGCCACAUCGAGGCUGAGGUGCGGGCGAACACGGGCGACAGCAAGUGGGUGGGGCCGGGCGUGCCCAGGGAGUCACGCUGA